AUGUCAUUCUUCAAGCGUAAGGAGAAGAACAUGAUUCCACCUGUUGUCUCUGAGCAAGCCGCUCGUGAAGAGCUCAUGAAGUCUCGCAGCAGCGAUAAUCGCUCUCCGAACCCUGCCCCCGUCUACUCUCGCUCCAAUGCCAGCACAUACAUCCCCAGUCGCGAUGGCGAUCCCUAUAGUACUCCACACACCCCGUCCAAUGUCUCUUCCGGCACUUAUGAAGAUAGAUAUGCGAAAAAGGAUGCUAUAGGUGACGUCUACAGCCGUGGUCAGGGCAAUCUCGACAAAGACCGGAACGAGCUCUUUUCUGGGUACAAUCCAGAGAAAUCGGGCUCCGGCAGGUUCUUCAAUGACGGCCAUACUCCGGAAGAUGAGCCCUCUUUGGGCGAGGAGAAUGAAGAAGACGUAGAGGGCAUUAAGCAGGAGAUUCGAACUACGAAGCAGGAAAGUUUGGCGUCAACUCGUAAUGCUCUCAGGCUGGCCCGAGAAGCAGAGGAGACUGCACGAAACACCGUUACCCGCCUGGGUAGCCAGUCAGAGAAAUUGGCCAACACGGAGCGUCAUCUUGACGUUUCGAAGGGCUAUUCCAUGCGAGCAGAAGACAAGACAGAUGAGCUCAAACAGCUCAACAGAUCCAUCUUCCGUCCUGUCAUCACAUUCAACAAGGACGCGAAACGAGCCGCACAAGAGGGCAAGGUCCAGGCGCGGUAUGACGAGGAGCGCGAGGAGCGGGAGAAGGCGAUGAUGGACAUCCGAGAGACGCAGGAUCGUUUGGGUAGGGCUGCGACCUACGGUCGCACGGGAGAAGAAGACAGCCGCUUCAAAACUGCCGCGCAGCUCGAUGCGAGGAAGGAGCAGAGAAAAAGGUAUCAAUUCGACUCAACUGCGUCGGAUGACGAGCUUGAGGAUGAGCUGGACGAUAACCUGGGUGAAAUCUCCAACAUAACGAAGAGCUUGAAGGCGCUUGGAACGGCUAUGGGGCAGGAGCUGGAUCAACAGAACGAUCGGAUAUCCAGGAUUACGGACAAGACCGAUUCUCUCGACAAUAGGCUGUUCAGAAACACACAGAAAGUGCGUUGUCCAUUUCCUACCAGUGUCCGCACUGACACUGAUUGUGUUGUGGAUUCCAGCUCAACAGGAUCAAGUAGGGCUUUCAUGGUUGCUUCUCAGGUAUAGUCAUCACUCCCCUUCGCCUCACAUCUAGUAGACUCUAUAAUGGACGG